AUGGCGUCUGAAUCAGGACGUAUUCAAGUCCGUAAAAAUGAGGUGAGAACUAACGAUUUUUUCAGUUUUUUAACUAGCCAUGCUGUUGUUUUUAUUUUGUAAGACGAAAUGUUUUCGAGAGCUUAAAAACAACUUAAUCUUUCCAUUCAUCAAACGUUAUGACAUCAGUCACGUUUUCAUUCACAACUCAAAAUGUGUAAAUGGAAAGUCUUAUUGUCAUUUACGUGCAUGCAUGUUCUGUUUCUCUGUUUUCUCUCAUUUUAAGAUCGUUUGGGAUGAAAGCCUAUUUUAGGGGAAACGGAAAGUUUGAGGCAGUCUAGCUUCACAUGUUUUGUAGUUUCGCGGAAACAAAAUAAGUUGACUUCCCUGUAAAACCAAUGCCCACACUUCACUCUUUGUUCAUAAACAGCACGCGUGGCCUAUUUCGAUUUUAAUAAACUUGAUGUUCAUGUAUGGUAAAAGACCGAGGCUUUUCACAUUUUUUUAGAUAAUUUAAUUACCCUGAACUGUCAUUUGUCCAUGUAAUAAAUUUUCGAAAACAUCUACAGUAAUAUACGUACAUUUACAGUAUUGUUCGAUAUUACAAGCGAUAUUAUAAACAUUUAUGGAAGUAAAAGGGAAAAAGUGUAAGUGGUUAUCUCAUAUGCAUGUAACCCGCAAAUUUAUGACGUUGGUUCAGAAUUUGUAAAGUACAGGAAAAACAAUAUUUACGAGGAAAAUUGUAAAGCCUCAGCACCUUAUCGUCAAGCUUUGUAUUAUACUAUCACAGCGAACAACUAUUGAAAGAAUUAUUUAAACAGCUUAUUAUUCGAUGCUGUUUUUAAGAAGAAAAAAAAAACCAGCUCAGAUUUUUAUCACACAAUGGAGACAUGAAGGUUCACACUUAAGGGUUUUAUAUUGUAUUUACUUGACCAAUUUUCAUUUUCUUAACUUCCUGGAAAGCUUAGAGUUGCUUGCUACAUAAACUGACCCUAUGGACGGCUGCUUAUUAUGUUUGAGCAUACCUGUUCUGUUCCAUUUCAUAGGUUUUACUUCUUAAGAAUGGCCAACCCAUCCUCAGAGUUGAGCGAGGGACAACUUUGAGUGUCAUCAAAUUGCUCUAUCAAGCUGACCCUAGAAACAAGGGAACCGUGAUAGGUUUGAGGCCAGAAACAGAUGAACCAUUACCAUGUGUGCUGACACUAGAUCAUUCUCCACUAGAAGAAGCAAAAUAUGAAUUGAUAACUCAUGGUAAGGGGUGGUACUAUAUAUCAUCAGUCUAUUGCUGUUUCAGGUCAAUUCUGUUCUGAAAAAAUUUAAACUGGCACCUUUACCCAUACUCACAAUGCUGCGUGCACACUAACAACUUUAAUUUUUUGGUGAUUUUUGCAGGCAUGACAUUAAUUUCCAAUAUCCACUCCCAUUCUUAGCAUCCAUUGCAACAGACGACAGUUUCAAGGCUUAAAAUGUAGUCUUAAGUAACAACACUGGACCAUUAUUUAUGGAUUUUAAUAUUCUUGAUACAAACAAUUUUUUUAGCUUUUUGAAAAAUUUCAGCAAAUAGCCUGGCAUAGCCCCUUUAAAAGUGCCUUUGUUUCAAAGGAGAGUGAGGAAAAGUGUGGGUUUGACAAGAAUCAUUUUUGUUACUGACAUAUAGAUCAUUAACAUGAAUCUCAUGUUACUUUAAUUCAGAAACAUCCUCACAAAGUUCCAGUCACCCAGCCAGCAAAGAAGAAGUUGUCACCAGGGCAUUUCAUGAUGGAAAUUCUUCAAAUCUUUCAAACUCAUUUUAUUCCCAAGCAUCAAUCCACUCUUCAUACGAAACAUCGUCAGCUUUACCACAGAUGGCACACACAAAUCAUGGAACGCCUCUAACAGUGAAUAUAUCACCAGAAAGUAACCCUAAAAAAAGCUUAGUUUAUCAAAGAGAGAGCAAUGGCAGCUCACUGCUUGUAGCCAGAAGUGACAAUGAUCAUUUACCUUCUCAUUUAAGCAUCUUUGCAUCAUCACGCAGGAAGAAAACAACCUCUCGGAAAUCAGUUAUCCCCCGUAAAGUUUCUCCUUCUUCUAGCCCUAAUCCAAUCCUAGCUAAUAAAUCCAUUCACAGAAUACCUUUUCAAAGAGAAAACGGAACUAACUUAAGAGAUGAACAAUUAGGAGACAAAAGGGCGAGAUUUGGUGAACAUGGUGACUCACCUGGCUUAUGUGAUAGCACAGAAAAUGGGAAUCCUACAUUACACAUGGAGGAGGCAGAAAACAUGGACUUGUCAGCAGCUCAACACAGAGAAAAUGGGGGAAGUGCUGCUGCAGCCUCCUAUUCAGUGGAAGAUGCGACUGGUAUUUCUAAUUUUCCAAACUUGGAAAGUUCCUCAACUAAUGGUUCAAGUCCUGCUGUUAGUGAUGACCAUCCAGUCAUCAUUGAUGUGCAUAGUGACUCAAGGGAAACUAGUGGAGGAGAAAAUGAUUCUGAUUCAAACUUUGUAAGUUUAGAGAAUAGUCCUUCACACAAUCAUCCAAGUAUUGCCCAGGGUUCACGUGGUAACAUUAAGGAAGUUUUACCUAGAGCUAAUGAAGAAGGACACUCUUCACACACAUCACCAGUCGUGUUGCUGCAAAGCACAGUUUUGGUUAAAACAGAACCUAAUGAAUUCCUGCCAACAACAGACAGUCACUCUUCAGAGCAGAAUAAUAGAAUACAUUUACUUCACCCUAAUGAAAAAAAUGACUAUUCUGAAAAUUGUGGCAUGGUGCGCAGGAUUCCUACUGACAGCUACUCAGUUUUGCCUACUAGCUCACAGGAUACCCAUCCCAGCUCACUGCCAGGUCAUCAGGAGCCUCCUGUGAUGCCACGAGUUGUAAAUGUUGUUGGUGCAUCUCCAGAUCAUAGUGAAUCAACAGAGGAGUCUCAUUCACAACCCACUGAUGACUACAUGUUACCUAAAGCAUACAGCUGUGAUAUCUGCCAUAAGCGGUUUGACUCAGCCAACUCUAUGAUGCGUCAUAAGCGCUCUCACAGUGGAGAUCGGCCCUAUAUUUGCAAAAUCUGUGGAUGGGGUUUUAAUUUGAGUGGCAAUCUUAACCAGCAUCUGGCUAUUCAUCAAAAGGUAAAGCCAUUCAAGUGUGUCUAUUGUGGAAAGACUUUUGCACGGUCAAAUGUCCUGAAGGCACAUGUUCGUUGCCAUACUGGCGAGCGUCCAUACCAGUGCCAACUUUGUGGCAGCAAAUUUAUUAUUGGACACAAUCUAAAGAAACAUAUGUUGACACGGCAUGGUAUAAAGGAAGAUGGCCCAGAGGAGGUGGGAUCUCACAAUGGAGAGAAUCAAAAUGAAAGCACAAGUGUCCCUGAAUUGUCUCAACCAUAUGCAUAAGGAAAUUUUUAAUUCUGUAGACUUGUUCAGUUCCUCAGCUUAAUUGUGGUCCAAAUGUGUCAUUCAAAGCUUAAAAGACAACCACCAAAAACUGAAAACUACAGGUAUUUAUCAUAGUGUUUGUCUCAAAUAGGCUGAGAUGUCAAAUAAAUUCAUACAAGCUCCAGGUACCUGCAAAGCUUUGCUUAUAGCUAGCUGAAAUUUGGAGAAUCGGUCAUGGGUAUAGGGGGAUUCC